GCACGCUGUGACGUAGCGCUUCCUGUGGGCGGGUACCCUGGGCCUGACCGGGGCUGUCAGGGACCCCCGCGUCCCGUCAGGGGUCCCCGGGACCCUUCCCGCACCUCUCCGAGGUUUAACACCCUCCCCAUCCCCCCUGCCGCGUCCGGCGCCUCCCGGGGAGGCUUUUCCCGACGUUACCCGCCCCCGCCGCUGACUGCCGUGCUGCUUUGACGCCAGCCGGGCAGCGAAGGGCUUCGGGAGACGCCGGGACCCUGCGCCGGCGAGGUGCCGCGCUAACUGGGACGUGGGAAGCGAUUGGAUCACUCUUCGCCCAGUGGGACGCCGAGUCCUCUCCCGAGCCGUGAGAUGGAGCCGCCCACCGCCGCCUUCAUCCGUGGGAUGGGGGACGAGGUGACGGUGGCGGCCGGCAUCGUGGUGCUGGUCCUGGCGCUCGUCCUGGCCUGGCUCUCCACCUACGUCGCUGACAGCAGCAACCAGCUCCUGGGAACGAUCGUCGCGGCGGGGGAUGCGGCCGUCAUCCGCCUGGGCCACGUGGAGCGGUACGUGGGGACGGCGGGGGCAGCCGAGGCCCCGGAGCCCCCCCGGGUCCCCGAAGUCCCAGAGGAGAAAACGGAGGAGGAAGGGGUGGGAGUGCCAGAGCCGGCGGCGGAACAGGGGGACAGCGGCAGCCCCCCUGAUGCCGGCCUGGAGCGGCUGCUGGACAUCCGGGGCUCACCCAAACGGGGCUCGGCCGCUGUGCCCAGCUCCCUGGGCAGCCGAGGAGCAGCGCCCGCCCCUGGGGACAGCGACCUGUGCUCUGACUGCAUCACUGUCCGGCUCAAGUUCCUCAACGACACCGAGGAGGUGGCCGUGGUGCGGCCCGAGGACACCGUGGGGGGGCUCAAGAGCAAAUACUUCCCAGGCCAGGAGAGCCAGAUGAAGUUCAUCUACCGUGGGCAGCUGCUGCAGGACCAGAGGCGGACGCUGCGCUCACUCCACAUCACCGACAACUGCGUCAUCCACUGCCACCGCUCCCGGACCACCACCACCACUGCCACCCUGCCAGACCCCGGCACUACUGCAUCCGACACUGGCAGCCUCCCGCUUGGCGUGGGGAACCUGCUGGUCCCUGCCAUCAUGGUGGUGCUGGCGGCUGUCUGGUAUUUCCGCAUCAACUACCGGCAGCUCUUUUCCACACCAGCCACUGUAUCCUUGAUCGGCGUCACUGUCCUCUUCACCUUCCUGGUGUUUGGGAUGUACGGACAGUAGAGAUUCAGCCUGGUGGGACCAUGGCACUUUCCUCACCACAGCGUUGCAGUGACCGGAGCCAGCACAGUGGGAGCUUGGCGUGUUCUUCUUGGUCUUGGUGCCAGACUUUUGUCCCCACAGCAGAGGCUUGUGGCAGAUGCUGCCCACAGUCCCAGGCUGAGCAGUGCAGUGGCUCCAAGAUCUGGAAUGGGCUGCAGCACAGGCUGUGGCUUCUGCCCAGAGACUCUUUAAAGCAAAUAAAUGUGUAACCUCUG